CUAUGGUGAUAAAAUAUUUUUUUACGUUGGCAGUACUGUAGUACAAAGCAAAGCGAGUUGUGUCAAGAAUUACUGCGUUUUUUACGAAAAAUAAUCUCAAAAUAUAGUUGUAAAAUGGAGAAUUCAUUGUUCAUGUGAAGUAAACUGAUGAAUUAAAACAUUAGAUGUACAUAUUAAUUAGUUUGGUGUUGAUAAGCGAACAGUCUGCUUAGUGUUGUGAUGUGUGUAUCAAGUAAUUAUAAUUUAAUAUCAUAUUGUGAACCAAUUGAGUGAUAAACUAGUAAAAUGGCUAAGAAAUCGGAUAAUACCGGCGGAAAGUUGGUCACCGUUUCUGUCGUUGGACUUUCUGGUACCGAGAAGGAGAAAGGGCAGCUUGGCGUCGGCAAGUCCUGUUUAUGUAACAGAUUUGUACGCACACACGCCGAUGAUUAUAAUGUCGAUCACAUCUGUGUACUGAGCCAGUCUGACUUCAGCGGGCGCGUGGUGAACAACGACCACUUCCUGUACUGGGGCAGCGUACAGAAGGAGAAUGACGAACAGGAGUACAGGUUCGAGAUUGUCGAGCAGACGGAGUUCGUGGACGAUGCCUGCUUCCAGCCGUUUAAAGUGGGUAAAACCGAAGCUUACGUAAAAAGAUGUGUGGCCACCAAGCUCCAGUCGGCUGAGAAGCUGAUGUACGUGUGCAAGAAUCAGCUGGGCAUAGAGAAGGAGUAUGAUCAGCGGCUGAUGCCGGAUGGCAAGUUGUCUGUGGACGGCUUCCUGUGUGUCUAUGAUGUCAGUCUCGUGCCGGGACGGACUUGGGAGAAGCAGAACGAAGUAUUAGCAGCAAUCCUUCAAAACAUUCUGAAGCUAAAGAAACCAGUGGUCUUAGUGACUUCGAAGAACGACGAGGCUUGUGAGCAAGGCGUUCGCGAAGCCGAGAGACUGGUGCAACGCAAGGAGUUCAAAGGCAGCAUUCCUAUAGUGGAGACUUCCAGUCAUGAUAAUGUGAAUGUAGACCACGCCUUCUUCUUGUUGGCUCAGAUGGUCGACAAGUCUAAGGCUAGGAUUAAGGUGGCUAACUAUGCAGAGGCGUUGCGGAUAAGACGAGAGACGCUUGACUUCGUGACUGAGGCCUUCACCCAGCUCAUCAGGAUGCAUGUGCAGGAUCACAAGGAGAUGUGGUCGGCAGCUAGCAAGAGAUUGUGUCAUUACCCGGAAUGGAUCAAGUUUGUGCAGCAGUUUGGAAACGACGGGACUCAAGUGGUGUACCGUCGUCACAUACGGAGACUGAAAGAAGAAAGAGCAGCUAAGAAGCUUCGCAAGCAGUUGGCUAAGUUGCCACAAGUGCUGUCUAGAAUGCAGCUACCCACUGAAGACUUGCAAGAGAAUGACUGGCCAAUGGUAGUACGUCAGCUACGUUCUCACCGCGACUUCUCGGUGUACUUCAGCGAGGGUCGGCACCAGGACUCGGGCUCUGAGUCAGGGUCGGAGCUGGACAGCCCCCUCGCUAUCGACACCACGCUCAGAGUCGGGGAGAGGGCUAGAUAUCAGACAUUGGGUCAAUCGCAGAAGAUACCGUACGAAAUACUGGAGUCUAACGAAGCAGCUGCCGUCUUCAAGACCUACUUACACGAGGCUCAGGAGGAGCAUAGGAAUUACGAAUGGUGCCAACAAUUCAAGCGUCUCCUCGAGGAGACCGGGUACGUGACCCCCGGCAAGCAGCUGUCGGAAGUGCGGGUGCUGCUGAUGGGGCGCGAGUGCUACGAGGCGCUGUCGGAGGAGCGGCAGCAGCGCGUGUACGACCAGCACCAGCGGCAGAUACAGAGACGCGCUAAGGACAACUUCCAGGAGUUACUGCUGGAACAUGCUGAUCUGUUCUACCACUUCAAAAGCAUAUCGCCGACCGGUACCAUCACUCAGGAGGACAUCAAAGAGAUCACUGAUGUACUUCAAGAUGACUUUAGAUACAAGAUGCUAGACCGCAUGGAGCAAGAUCGAAAGCUGAUGCUGUUCCAACAUCUAGGGUUUGUGCACUGUCCGAUGCGCGAGCACUGUCCAGCCGGCGCCAACUGCUUAGACGCCACCCUGCCUGUUAUACUCAAUACUAGAGUCGGAUCUUUGACAUCAACGGGAGAGUCUCAGUGUCACGCGGGACCUCCGGCGGCUCCAUGGGCUCUUACUACGGACUCCAACCAGAUCAACGUCAUUAUAUUGGGCGUGGAAGGCAUAGCGGGCGAGUUCGGCAAGCGCCUGCUAGCGGGCUGCGACUCGGAGCGUCGCGUCAAUGUGGCCGGGCACAGCUGGCGCGUCGAGCAGAGGCUGCGCACUGACGACUUCAGCGCUGAAACUACCUGCAUUGAUGAUUUUGCCCCUAAUGGAUACUUCUGUGUUUAUCAAGAUCAAGAGUCCUUCGAAUACAUCAGGGGUUGUGCUGAAAAGACGCUGCUUUCUAGCUUAGAACAAGAAGAUAAACUGCCUUUCCAGGGCCUACCAUUAGUAGUGAUGUUUGUGCAAGAUGAGGGCAUGGACAAGAAAGAACUCACGAGAUUGCAGGAAGAGGGACAGAAUCUGGCUGACAACCUACACUGUUCGUACAUGGAGGCGACAGUGAACGAGCUGGGCACGGAGGGUCUGACGUCGGACGCGGUGCAGGAGCUGGUCCGGGCCAACAGGGAGAAGGCGAGCUACGCGCAUCUCUACAGAGACGUUAUUGUCUGCUUCGAUUCCGAUAUCAGGAUAAUGGUGUGCAUGUUCUGCGACGACCCGUACUCCCCCGAGCGGGUGCUGAGCCCGCUGCUGCUGCACCGCGCCUGCUUCCUCACCGGCGACCGCUCCAUCGUCAUCGAGACCUUCCUCGGCGACUCCAAGAGGAAAGUCGAGGUGAUAAUCUCAAGCUUCCACGGUGCGAGUCAGUUCCGAGAGGAGCUGAUCCACGGCUUCAUACUCAUAUACUCCGCCAAGAGGAAGGCUAGCUUGGCUACUUUGAACGCCUUCUCAAUGAACAUCCCGAACCUACCAAUACAAAUGGUAGCGGUCACCGAUGGUGGAGGUUCUGCAGCCAGCACGUUCUUCGGCACAGACCUCGGUCACGCGCUCAUCACGGAAGGCAACGCGACGGCAGACCGGCUGUGUGCACACUUCACUACUUACACGUCUAGUGCUGAGAAUAAGUCUGCGUUCUACACGCCGUUCUUCAAGGAGGUGUGGGAGCGUAAGGGCGAGAUCGAGCGAGCCUUCCGCAUGGAGCAGCCGCACAACCUGCCCGACGUGGCCGCCGCCCGCCCCGCGCCGCCGCCCAGGAACCACUCCUACCAUCUCAACCAUAUGAGAGAACAUAAGCUGACGAAUUCACUGGACUUACUGAUCGGUCCCGACUCACGUGCAGACAUCGAUUCUGAAUACAGCGAUACACUCAACAAUUCUAAGAAUAGAGGAUUUCUGAAAGGUUUCAGCGUAUAUCCUCCGCCUAGUACGCCACCGGAGCCCGCACCUCCAGACCACAGGAUGCAUGCAGAUCUAUCACCGGAUCUCAACUGUUCGGAGGAUUCGCUCAGCACCCACGAGUCAGAUGGCGGCGGGCUGUGGCAGCCGGCCAGCUACGGGCACCGCGCGUUCACGACGGGGCGCACGCGGCCGCACCAGCCGCCGCCGCGCGUCAGGCACUCGCAGACUUUGAAGCAACCAGGCAAGCUGGACAUGAAUAACUACACGAUGGUUAGCGACGCGCUACAGCACAUCACUAUUGGUCCUCCUGCACACUCCAGGUCUGAUAGAAAGACCCAACGUACGGGUUGGACGCACUCGAGCGGGCAGCAAGGCGGUCAUCACCACCAUCCUUCCGGAGUCAGCUCUGAAACUGAACUAGAUGCGCAGUAUGCACAGAUCAAAGAGACCAACGAAUAUAUGGAAGCGCCAUCUAUGAUGAGAUUAAGAAGGCAUCGACGGCACGAGAAGGCGCCGCUACAUCAGCCUUCGUUCUCGGAGACGGACAGCUCGGGCUCGAGCUCGGGCUCUGGCGCAGGGAGCGCGGGCGCGGCGCGGCCGCACGUGCGGCGUCGCCACAACGCGCACCACGCGCCCAGGCACUAUAAGAAACGAUCAUUGGGCAACCUGGUAGCCGUCCAAAGCCCGCGCGUGCCCAAGUUGGGCAUGUUCGUGGGACCACCCGAGUUACCCACCGGCUACAGAGCCAGGACACAGGAGGACAAAGCUGCAAGUGAGUCAAGCGAAGGCAGUUCGGAUGGCGAGACCCGGAGGCCCAGGCCUCUGCCCCCGCCGCCGCAUCACGAACCUACACAUAAGAUGCUAUCAGGCGAGUACCCAUCGUCAGCGCAAGACAACUCGUCAUCGAGCACGGCGGACACGCGGCGCCGUCAUCAUCCCUUUAGCAAGCACGACCGCAGGCAUAAGGAGUUCUCAAAGAGCAAAGAUUCAAAGAAGAAUGCAGCACAAAUUAACAACACGCAGUCAGUACAAAACUGGGGUCCACAGGGCGGUCACGGCAUCCCUCUGUUCGUGGAGAAGUGCGUGGAGUUCAUCGAGCGCGAGGGGCUGGCGUCCGAGGGGCUGUACCGCGUGCCCGGCAACCGGGCCCAUGUCGACAUGCUCUUCAACAAGUUCUAUGAAGAUCCAAAGGUAGACCUGGACUCGCUGGACAUCCCGGUGAACGCAGUAGCGACUGCGCUGAAAGACUUCUUCUCGAAGCGUCUGCCGCCGCUACUCGACGAGGCCAGCAUGGCACAGCUUGAAGAUAUUGCCACGAUGCGAGGCUGCAUCGCCGGCGGCGUGGAGCUGAAGGACCGCAGCUGGCGGCUGCUGGCGCUGCGCUCGCUGCUGCACUCGGCGCUGACGCCUCUAGCGCGGGCCACGCUCGACUACCUGCUGCAUCACUUCGCCAGGGUGGCGGACAACUCAAAACUGAACUCGAUGGAUAGUAAGAACCUCGCGAUCUGCUGGUGGCCGACCCUGCUGCCGGUGCAGUUCUCGGACAUGGGCCGCUUCGAGAUGACGCGGCCCUACCUCGAGGACAUCGUGCAGACCAUGAUCGACCAGCACCCCUUCCUGUUCCGAGGGCAGGAAGCCUUCGUCAUGGUGUGAGGACAGUGUGAACCCACAAUGCAGGUUGCAUUCGUGAUGGACGACGUGUAACGUCAGCCGCGUUUGGCCGACGGCAGCGGCAUUUGUGCGGCUCGCUUACCAUACGAUACUUAGCGCGUAAGUUCGCCUACACCCGCGCGUGACGUCACCCGCCCCGACGGCGACGGUGACGUCACGACGGACAGACCCUACUGCGAGGUAUUAAUAACCCUAAUACACUCGCAGUAAAGUCUCACAUUUAUUGGCAAGCUAUUGUUGUUCUAAAGUAGGUUUUUACUAUAUAAAAAUGUCUGUUGAUCGGUAUUCCAUACGUUAGAACAAUAACCUUAUUUUUCCAUGCGGUUUUUCAUAUCAAUAAAGCUUAGAGAUUGCGUAAUCGUCAUUGCUUGCAUUUUGUGGACAUUUGAUUUGUAUCGAUAUUAAUUUUUAAUACGAUGGACUAGUGAAUCAGUAUUUUAAAUAGAUGUUUAUCAAAAUUGUACCGCAUUUGUAAUAGUUUUAAGUGGAAAUGCACAAAAGUAUUUAAACAAAGUGUUUUCUAAACUUAAGUAACUGGUAUGAUAUUUAAACGUUUAUAUUUGUAAUCAAUUAAUGGCAACACCAUGUAAUGAGCACAUUCCGUUCAGAAAUAUUAAGUGUUAAAUAAUUAAUGGAUAAUAUGAUUAAUGAUAGUGAUUACAUAACCAUGGGUUUAAUCGGUCGACAGUAAGGAUUGGUAUAGAGAAAUGCUUAAGGGCGCUUGUUUUUUAAAUAUUUUUUAUAUGGCAACUUUUUUCGUGACGUCAUGUGUCUCUUGAUCUAUUGGCUAUCAAGUCCAGUUUUAUUUUUUUAAGGUAAACCAAAAUCUAUCCCAGUGUUAGAAUAUUUUAAUGAAAUUAAAAUUUAAUUUAAGAAAUUGGAUCUACUUAUCUAAAUCCAGGGGACACAUUAUUUUAAGUUUUAAUAAAUCUAACCAAAAUUAUUUUUAAUAUUUGAAAUUGAAUAACGCUUACUGAUUUAAUUUUUACUAAGACCAUUUACAAAAUCUUGCCAUUAUUAUAAAACGUAUUAAUCAAUUUAAAAAGUAAUAAGCAUCAAAGUAAUCACAAGAGAACGAUUAUAGUUGGUGAAUUUUAUGGCGAUGUUCCAACUCACUUUUAUCAUAACGUAAUAAGGUCUAUAUUAAAACGAAUGAACUCCAAAAGACAUCUAAUGUAGUCCCGAUUUAAAUAACAGAAUACUAACAAAAUAAGGGAGAUAGACAUAUUGAUAAAUAUUUUAGACCUAAAUGGGAUUGCUGAUCUGUAAAAAAAAAAUGAAAAUGCAAAAAAUACAUCAACUAUAAAAAUAAUUUUCAAUACAAAAGGCAGCUUCUUUUUUUUAUUUUAGAGACUGAAUAUCAGCUAGUUCCUUUGACACUGAAUCCAAAUUGAGCACUUAAUUUUAAAAGAAUAUUACUUAAAAUUAACUUUGAUUAGCGGGUGGUGCGUUGUUUAUUUUUAAACACCAAUAUUUUUAAAUACUACCUACGUGUAUAAUUUAGGUAUGGUACGGUAGACCGCACAUCAGAGGUAACUGUUAUGUACCUUAACUCCUUAACUCGAUUGUAAUAAGGACUGUACUAGACGUAUAUUUUAUCUAUUCCUCUAUAUAAAAUUCAUAUUAUUCGUACCCAUAAAUGAAACCGGUCCUUUUAUUUAUCAUGUUUCUACCUGAUCCAAUAUGCGUAUAUUUUUGACGUUUUAAUCGAUCUUAAGUAUAAGCCUUUAAAUUACCUAUCAAAAUCAACUGUGGAGAAUAUACAUAGUUAAUUGUUUUACGUGUAGGAAGGUUAUUUAAAAAUUGGUGUUUAAAAAUAAAAUAACAAACCAAUGUAUAGCGGAUGGCCUAUUUUGUAUAUUAAGUGUUAGAUAGACUGACGUAGUAUAUGUGUAUCUCACUAUUAUUUAACACCUAUGUAUGUACACUUUCUUUAUAUCUUCCAUAUUUCCAUACUAAUCUUAUGAAGUAAAUAACCGUUCGUUUGUAAGGGAUGCGUGGAGACGGAUGAAUUUGUAGUCGAUAAAUUGACACGAUUCCGGGUUCCGUAUCGAUAAAACGAGUUUGAAAAACAUCGACCCGAUGUCCGCUAAUAAUGAUCUUUGCAUACAUAAUGAAUUACUCAGAGAUACAGUACUUUUUCUGCUAAUAAAACUUGAUGUAUUUAGUAAAAGGUCUGCUAUAUUAUUUCUUACCAACGAACAUAAAAUGAUGCGGAACCCCACGAGUAUAACUCGUCCAUUUCUAAUGUAAAAACAUAUUUUUUUCAUAACUCUAAAUAUGAGUAUUACUUGUUGCAAAGUUCUUAUGCCAUUAGACAUUAAGAAUGUACGUGCACCUUUGUUCAAUUGUACUUUAUUCAUUUCCAAAACUAUAUUUCUAAAAAUAUUCUUCUUAAAAAAACUUAAUUUAAAAAUUGUAUUUCAUGAUAUUAGAUAUUGUAACGUGGAUUGCUUGGAUAUUUUUUCAGUGUUUAAAAGUACUUUGUUGUAUUGUCAAUGUAUUUUUUGUAAUAAAUAGGAUGAAUGUAAUAUUUUGUGUCUAUAUCCAUUUUAUUGGCAUUUAGGUGCGUUCAGAAAUAUACAAAGUUACUUGUAACUUUUCAAUAUUUAUUUUAGAGAUACAUACAUACAUAACAGUUUGAUAUUACAUGAUUGUAAAAAUUCUGAAAUAUUUAAAUGCCAAUGAAAUGUGAAGUAUUCUACCUUGAUUUACGUCUUUAAAUGUUUGGUAUUACAAUGUCUUCGACUAUAACGAACUCUUAUCGUAGAUUUUACUCAAUUCCAUUACGUUGAUUUGCAAAAGCAAUUUCGGAUUUGUACUAAGCAUCGCGAGUAAAGUAUAUGUAACUAUUUAAUAAGUAUAUUUAAUAUAUUAGGUGUCUUCAAUAAGCAUAGUUAAGAAUGUACGUAAGUUUUUAACGAUAUAAUGUCAUUAUAUGAUUGUCUCGCUCGCACUCGCGCGAGUUCCGUAAGCCCGAGCGCGUGCGAGCGAGACAACAGUCAUGUCCAUUAGGGGAAUGAUGUGAGGGAAUUUUUUAUAUUUUACUAUGAAUCGAAAAAGACAUAGAGCCUACCUGUGUUUGAAUAUUAUUUUUCUAGAAUUUUUCACCUUUCUUAUAGAUCUCACUUGCGGUGAUACACCCUUUAAUUUUAAAUUAUUAUUUUUUUAUCGUAAAAUUUCCCCUAAUGUUUUUUUGAAAAUGCAAUUUCUAUAUAAAUAUUCGAUGUAAAUAUUGUACAUUCAUUCAUUUUUAUUAUUUUGCUUAAUUUAUUUAUUGAGAUAUUGUUUUAUCAAAGAGUUUUAAAGCCAUAUAUUUGUUACUCCAUGCAAUAUUAUGAGUGUUUUUUUUAAGUUGUAACUUUGAAUUUGUUUAAUUUUAUUUUUGAGCACAUGUUUUUCUAAUGGAUUUCGUGAACGUGCCAUUUUAUUUUAAACGUGCGGUGAUUUCGGAGAUUCCUAAAACUUUUUGUAAUUGUCAUUUUUGGUAGUAAACGCUUUUACGUUCGAAAUUCUUUCCUGUAGGUUUCUCGAAUGUUCUACAGUAGAAAUCAAUGUACGCUUAGCUCUGUGGCCUGGCGCCGCCCGUGUGCUCGUUGUGGCUAGGUAUUGAAGUAGUGGGGGUGCUUGUGUAAGUUAUCAUCUAAGGAGUGAGAUAAUGAGAUUGUGACGAGCGAGGUAGCUCUCGCAAGUGUAAGGUUAGAGUGGGGAUUCUAAUUAAACGUGAACUGCGCUUGGGAGCGGGGUUUUUAAACAGUAUUAUUAUGCAUUUAAUCGGCUGACUGAAAUCAUAUAACAGUAUUAAUUGAAGUAUGUAUUAACCUAAAGUUAUAUGCCCAGACUCUACCAAAGUGGAAACGAGCAGCGAAGCGGAGUACUCUUUUAACAACCAAUGGAAACACGAUGUUUGGAUAUGUAGCGAAAUUCUAUUGGUUCUUCAAAAACGCUGCUCAGCUCUGCUCGUCUCCGCUUGGGUAAAUUCCGGGCCUUCUAACUAAAUGGUUAACUGUCGGUAUAAUUAGUAACAGUAAGGUAAUUAAAUAAAAUCUAAAGUUAUGUUUUAUUCGAAAGAUUAUCCAGGAUUAUUCUUUAAAAAAUCCAUCAUUUAUUUGGUAGUGGUUUUACAUGAUACCAGCAUUUAUCCCCGCUUGCCAGAGGCAGUCACGGAAUAUUAUUAUAAUGUAGUGUGAUCAAUGUUGUGAUAUUAUGGUUGAAGUGUAGGGGGCGCCGGGCCACGCAGCGUGUCAUAUGCUAUGCGUCUCAAUUACUGAGAAACACGACUCAAAAGGAAUGUGUCAUAUUUUAUAAUAAAUAAUCAUCUAUGUAAUGA